GCGGUCUACAGCCCCUAAAGAAAACACCAUGUAAAAGUAUAAAAAGUACACAGAACGCAAACGAUUGAUUUUUCUAAUUAUUAGUUCCGUCAGUCCACGCGUCGGGGGCAACGCUUGCAUUUAGGAAGAGAGCGAAUGGUCAGUGAAGGCACAGAUUAAUCCCGUGCAAGUAGGUAGCAGACAGAUACCAUGCAGAUAAGUGAUGGCCCCAGUUACUUCCCCGUCUUUGUGGCCCCGCCCAACGGUAACCACCGGUCGCCAGGAUUCGUCCCCGGCAGGGUCGUACCCGUCCACUCCCCGCCUCCAACCAAGGCCCCACCCCCUCCCCCCCUGAAGCCCAUUGGCCCACCUCCUGAGCGCCGGGCGACCUUUAGCCUAUCAGAGAAUGGCCACCGCCUAGAGCGUGGUCAGAGGGAGAGGAAUACCUUAAUAUGCUUCGGUGUCUCACUGGGGGCCUUCUUCCUCUCGAUCAUCCUCAUCCUCAGCCUCACCAGUGGAGACGUGUUGGAUGGGAACUGUCCAGACCACAGCACCUCCCUGAGCAGCUGGAACCCAGGUCACAACCCAGAGAAGGCCAUGGUUGUUCGGAGGGGAGAUCUGUUUAGAUUGGACUCUUCUGCCACCUUAUACUCCCUAACCAUCCAAUCAGGAGGCCGAGUGGUCUUUGCAGACAAUGCUGAGGGCUCCAAAAACAUCACUCUCAGAACGCGCCAUGUGCUGAUUGAAGACGGGGGUUCGCUGCACAUCGGUGCCCCCAAAUGCCGCUACCGCUCCCAGGCCACAAUCGCCCUGCUGGGCCGUUCAGACGAAAAGGCAGUCGCGGAAGUACCGGAAUUGGGCCGGAAGUUCAUCGGGGUGCGUGGUGGUGCAACCCUGGAGAUUCACGGGACAGAAAGGCUGUCGUGGACCCUCCUGACCCGCAGCGUCUCCUCCUCAGGCCUAGCCACGGGGGGCUAUGCCUUCCAGCGCAACUUUAGCCGUGGCAUCAACUUGCGUGUGGUGGACCAGGACACGGCCGGUGUGCUGUUCAGCGAGCGCUACGACACGCACGAGUCACGCAACGACAGCCGGCGGCUCACGCAGCUGCUCCGGUCGCUGCCUGCGAGGCGCAUCGUCACGCUGGCCGUGGGAGACUCGGCUGUCAAGAGCCUGCUGGACGAGACUAAGAGAACCAUCCAGAGCCUGCUUGGUAGUACAUACGUCCAUGACCUCAAAUACAGGCAGGCCUGGGCCUUGGUAUCUGUGAUUGGUGGAGGGAACGGCUCGUGUUCAGAAGCCGUGCGGGAACAUGAGAACCAUGACACAGGAGGGAAGGCGCUGGCCCGCCAGAACUUCACCACUGUGGACGGGGUCGGCUUCUCUGUCACAGCCUACAGCGAAUGGAAGAACGGUUUUCCCAUAUCUGGGUUCCAGGUUGAUGCUGUGGACCAGGUUGUCCUAAACCUGCAAGAUGAUGUACGCACUUGGCAACCUGGGAACCAGGUUGUGGUUGCCAGUACUGACUACUCCAUGCAUCAGGCAGAGGAGUUCACCCUCCUCCCAUGCCCACGCUGCACCAACAGACAGGUCAGAGUUCAAGGGAGGCCCCAGUUUGGCCAUGUGGGGGAGAUUGUGGACGGGGUGGACAUGCGGGCAGAGGUAGCAAUGCUCAGCAGGAACAUACUCAUCUAUGGAGAGAUGGAAAACGCCUGCUAUGGAAACAACUGGUGCCAGUUCUUUGGCCACGACACGUACGGUGGACACAUUAAGAUAUUUGGGAAUUUUACCUCGGUGCACCUGUCCCACGUGGAGCUGAGGAACAUGGGGCAGCAAGAGAAGGGCCGCUACCCGGUCCACUUCCACCGCUGUGGGGACGUGGACCGACGAGGGGGCUACCGGGAACCAACCUACGUGGACGGCCUCUCCAUCCACCACUCCUUCUCCCGCUGCAUUACCAUCCACGCCACCAACGGCCUGCUGGUGAAGGACACUGUAGGCUAUGACACCCUGGGUCACUGUUUCUUCCUGGAGGACGGGAUAGAGCAGAGGAACACGUUCUUCCACAACCUGGGUUUGGUGACCCGACCGGGAACGCUCCUGCCCACCGAUCGCAAUGAGACCAUGUGCACCAGCAUCCGAGACAAAGUGUACAAGAACUACAACCCUUCACCGAGCAUGGAGUGCAAGGCAGUGUCUACGUUUUGGAUUGCCAACCCCAAUAAUAACCUCAUAAGCAACGCUGCUGCUGGCUCCCAGGAUGCAGGGAUAUGGUAUGUGUUCCACAGCUCAUCCACAGGGGACUCUCAUGGGCUGGUUCCAGAGACCCGGGCAGAGCUGACCCCUCUGGGGAUCUUCUACAACAACCGUGUGCACUCCAACUUUAAGGCUGGGCUCUUCAUUGAUAAAGGUGUAAAGACCACCAACGCCAGUGCCGCAGACCCCCGGGAGUACCUGUGUCUGGACAACAAUGCCAGGUUCCGUCCACAUGAGAAUGCAGACCCGAACCGGCCGCGGGUGGCUGCUCUCAUCGACACACUCAUCGCCUUCAAGAACAAUGACCUCGGAGCCUGGAUACGUGGCGGUGACAUCACCAUUCAGAACUCUGGAUUUGCAGACAAUGGGGUGGGACUCUCCUUUGCGAGUGACGGUAGCUACCCUAAGGAUGAGGGCUCCAGUCAGGAGGUGACCCAGUCUCUGUUUGUGGGAGAGAGCCGCAACCGCGGCUCCAACGGAGGCCAGAACAAGUACUGGGGCCAGGGAGGAGCAGAUGGCAAGAUGAGGACACUACCCAGGAACAGGACAUUCCCGAUCCGUGGCUUCCAGAUCUACGAUGGUCCUGUUCGGCUCACCCAGAGCACUUUCCGAAAUUACAUCCCGACGAUGGAGCGCUUCACCAGCGCGGUGGGCUUCAACCUGAAGAACACCUGGCAGCUCACGCCUCGCAACAACCUGUCCAAGCUCAGCUUCCAGCCCACUGUGGAUCUGAGGGUGUUCUUCGGGCAUCCGGGCCAGUGGUUCGAGGAGAAUGAUCUGGACGGGGAUAAGAACUCCAUCUUCCAUGACGUGGACGGCUCUGUGACGGGCUACAGGGACGUGUAUGUGGGCAGAGCAGACAACUACCUGAUCCGUCACCCCGACUGUGUCAACAUCACCCAGGGGAACGGGUUGGUCUGCAGUGGCACCUACUCUCAGGUGUAUAUCCAGACCCAGGGAGCUGCCAGCCUCAGUCUGUCCAUCAGUAGAGAUGAGUACCCUGAGGCUCCCCUGGUGCUGAGAGGUAUCAACAGCCAGGGGGCACUGUCCCAGCAGUACCAGCCUAUCCUCAUGAUGAGCAAGAGCUACACCCUGCACUGGAACGGCCCGGCUCCCAGAGAGAUUGUCCUCUCCCUCAUCAACUUCAACCAAGGUGACUGGGUGCUGGUGGGCCUCUGCUACCCGCCUGACACCACCUUCCAGGUCAUGGCUGAUAUCAAUGACCGCCAGAGCAACACCUUCGAUGACAUCACUGACUACGGGCCCUUGUCCUCCCUCGCCGAACUGGAGAAGAAGCCGCUGGAGAGGAAGUACUUCUUUGACCGCAGUGUGGGAUUGCUGUGGCUGUAUUUGCGGGCGAGGCAGAGACGCGACGGCCACAGCUACUGCUCGGUUAAGGGCUGCGAGAGGGUGAAAGUGAUGGCCACCACGUCGUCCUCCAAACUGACCUGUAACUGCACGGCCAAGGCCUAUCCCAAAUACACCAAGGCCCCCUCGGCAGUGGUCCCCAUGCCCACCCUCAGCACCCAACCUUGCAGGGACUGUGGAGCCUCCCAGCUGGUGUUUUCCAGUGACCCGUGGAAUGCCUACCUCCAAACUCAGAUCAAAUCUCUCAGCAGCAAGGAGCAGCAUAGUGGAGACACACAGUCCUUUAUCACUGUGAACAGUGAGACAUUCUCCUUCACACAGCCAGGCUUCUUCCUGGUCUCUGUGGACGCCUGCUCUGGAAAAGUCACAAAGAAGUCAUCUUUCUCCAAAAUGGACUCUAAAAUGGAGCAGUAUUUUAAAACUGGAAUACCAAAGAGGUCAAUAGUGCUUCUGGGCACGCGAGGGCAGCCUGAUGGCUUAGCCGGUGUUGCACCGUAUCUGGUCCCCCUGGGCAUGGCCAAGGCAGCAGAUCUGCAGAGUAAAGAGAGCCUGGUGUUUUGGGGGUUCCAGGGUGGCUCUUCCCCCCAUCCGUGGGCAUCUAUCCUAGCUGGGCAGGGUGAGGAGGGGCUGGGGCUGCAGGAGCGCUACCUCCCCCUGGGCCUGGAGGCCUACGGCUGCACACAGACCAGCACACGCACACGCAGAGACAUGGAGCUACUUAGGACCGCCACAGGACCAUAGUGACCAAUGAGAACACAACUUAACCAAAACACAACCAACCAGCGAAUGAAUGUGAACUUUUAUUAUUUUAUUGGCAAAGAUGUUUACUAAUUUGUGUGUGUGUGUGUGUGUGUGUGUGUGCGCGUGCGCACAUGCCUGCCUGGGUGUGGUGUAGUGGGAUGUGUGUGUGGGGCAUGGGGAGGGUCUGCAGAUGCAUGAAAAUAUGCACUUUCCUAGUCACAUAAUUUGCAAUAUCAGCCAGUCAUCUCACGGAGCCAUGAAUUCAUAUUCAGCCUUCAAUGAAAACAACCAAAAAGACCCUGCACAUCUGCCAUAUUUCAACAAAUUAGACUGGGAACAGGAAAUCAAUGGGGGAUGGAAAGCAGAUGAACAAAGUAACCACAUCAAACUGGUGUGGUCUGUCACUCCUAUCCAGUUCCCCCUGAUGGGGUUCUGUCUCAGGCCAGUCUUUGACCGGUCUGCUGCUCACCACAUCCAUAGACGAAACGCAUCAUUAAGAAGAGGACUGACAAAGCAAACCAAAGGAAAAACACUUAUUAUUCCACUUUCCCCCCCCCUGUCUGUUUCCUUGCAUGCCCCUGGUGGGGGGGGGGAGUUUUGUUCAGCUACUAGAUCUGUUGAAAUGGGAUUUUACUAAACUUUUUUGUUGUUAUAUUUAUUUGAUCUCUAGACAGUGACACUUUCCCCAGGGCUAGCUACGCGUGCAGCAGAGAUGGGCUGUUCCUCUUCUUUUUCUUCUCAUUAUCUCACCAUUGAAACGGUGUUCCCAACUCAUUUACCUUUUAGUAUGGUUAUGUGCACUCCCCUGCGGAUUUAUUUGGACGUUGAAGCUAAAAUGUUUCAUUUGGCUCUAUACUAUAGCAAAUGUGUUAUGAGGCGACAGUACAGAAUGUCACCUUUUAUUUGAGGGUAUUUUCAUACAUCUGUUUUGAGGUUUAGAAAUGAAUGCUCUUUAUGUACAAUAUCUAGUCCCCCCCCAUUUGAAGGUGGAUAAGUAUUUGGACAAUUUCACUUGUAGUGUAUUAAAUUGAGUCGAAAACAUUUAGUAUUUGGUCUCAUAUUCAUACAGUAGCACGCAAUGACUAUAUCAAGCUUGUGACUACACACUUGUUGGAUGCAUUUGCAAUU